AUGGGAACGACCUGCUGCUGCACAGAUCGGCAGCCAGCAGGGGCGGAGGAAGUUUGCAAUGAUCAGCAGCAGGUUCACUUGCGGUCAGUAUGGAUGCAGAAGGGCUGGCAAGUGCUGGAAUCAGAAGGCAUGAGUGCGGAGCCACCGAGCUUUGUGGACCAGGCUAUGCCGGUAAAACCUGCCAGCCUGCUGGAGCAGCUGGACGGACGAUGGUUUCGGAAGGAAGACGGCAAGCCGCUUUGCGCCCUGGAUUUGCACA